UCAGUCAAAAGGACAAUGGAUGACACGUCUCUACUAUUUCUGCUCUUUCUGACUUCAAUGCCUUGCAGGAUAACAAACCAAGCUAAUCUCACUGUGAGUCCCAGCAGCUCUCAGUUCUUUGAAGGAGACUUUGUGUCUCUGAGCUGUGAGGAGGACGACAGCUCUGCUGGAUGGACUGUGAGGAGAAACACAAGCAAACAACAGAGGACUCAGUGUGGAGAUGGGUGGGGAAAACCAGAUGAUUCGUCCUGUAAUAUCACUAUGAUGGUGCCUCAUGACAGUGGAAUAUAUUGGUGUGAGUUCAAUCAGAGUACCAUCAGUAACAUGGUUAACUUGACAGUCACUGGUGGAUCAGUGAUCCUGCAGAGUCCUGUCCUCCCUGUGAUGGAGGGAGAUGACGUCACUCUGCUCUGUAAAACAAAGACCACUCCCUCCAACCUCCCAGCCAUUUUUUCCAAAGAUGGCGUCUUCACCGGGAAAGACUCUGCAGGUCACAUGACCAUCCAGCAUGUUUCCAGGUCUGAUGAAGGCCUCUACAAGUGUGACAUCAGCGGUCAUGGAGAGUCUCCAUCCAGCUGGAUCACUGUCACAGACAAACACACCACCACACCUCCACCUGCCUCUUCUGCCGGUUCCUCUCCACUUGUCCCCGUGUUACUGACAGCUGGAACAGUCUGUGUUGUGUUAGUAGUGAUGUUACUGGUUGUUUUGGUGGAACGACAUGUUGACAGGAAAUUAAAAGAGAGUGAUGCAGCUGCAGUCAACUCAGCAGUGAGAACAGAAGAUGUCACUUAUGGAGAAAUCGACAUCAAAGAGAAGCAAGAAGAAGCAAAAAUGUACAGCUGCUGUUCUUUGUCUCCACCAUGGUUCAAGAUUACUUUUUUUUUAAAUAAGGGUGUGUGAGCAGACUUCUAUAUUUUAUUGAGAUUUGUUUAUGUAUAUUGUGGUUAAACUGUGUUAAAAAAGAGAAAAAAGAAAAACAACUGUAUCUGCAGAUGUUAUGUGAUCUGAAACUUUUCAUAUAUUAUCCAUCUUACCAUCCAUUUUCAUUCCAUUUGUGUGAUUCAGGGUCAUGUGGGGGGGGUUGAAGGCCUAUAGCAGAGAGACACAAAACCAUUCUCACUCACAUUCACACCCUCCUUGGAUUGGGGGAGGAAGCCAGACUACUUGGAGGGAACUCAAAAAUAUGGCAGUGGGCUCUGGCUCCACACAAUACACAAAACCCCCACCCCACCAAAUAACAGCUAAACAUUUAUAGGAUCUUAUAUUUCACAGCAGUUUCUCUAACUUUUGAAGGAGUCAGCUAAAUGGAGCUGGAGUGGUAAACUUUUCCAACUUUUCUUUAGUCUUGCACUAGGGACAAGUAAGCUAGGGAUGCACCGAUACCGGUAUCGGGUAUCGGCCUCGAUACCACAUUUUCUAAAGUACUCGUACUCGUUAAAAGUCCCCCGAUACCGGAGACCGAUACCACGGUCUGAGAAAUGUCUAUGUUUAAGCGGCGUGUAAGGGGUUAAUCACAGGCGCCGAGUGCCCGCCCCCAGGCCCCGGCUGCAGCUCAGAGCUGCAGCAAACUCUUGCAAGAGGAGAGAAAAUGUCCAGAGACAAUCCACGUGCUGUGAAAAUAACACAGGCAAUUAUCGAGUACAUUGCAUUGAGUGACCAGCCACUCUCGGAGGUAGAAAAUGUUGGAUUCCUGCGUCUCCUCCAUGUUCUGGAGCCCAGAUAUGAUGCCCCAAGCCGCCACUACAUGACUGACACGGAGUUGCCUAAACUACACAAGUCCGUGAAUAAACAUAUCCACAGCCUACUGCAAGCCUUCUCUGCGUUUAGUUUCACCACGGAUAUUUGGACAAGCAGUGUUAGCCCCGUGUUGCUAAUUAGCCUAACCUCCCAGUGGAUAGAUGAGUUUCACGCCGCAAUGAGCCAUAUUACAUGCCAAACAAUUCAACUCGCACACCAGCCAGGCUAUAGUGCAUGUGUUUGAGGAAAUGCUCCAGACAUGGGGUAUACAUAAAACAUCAGUACAUGUUGUGCUUCGUGACAAUGCCAAAAACAUGAUUAAAGCCAUGAAUGACGCAGGGCUCCCAAGUCUGCCGUGUAUCGCGCACACGCUCCAACUGGCUGUUCACGAGGGCUUAUUAGCACAGAGGAGCAGAGCUGAUGCUAUAGCAGUGGGGCGGAAAAUAGUUGGGCAUUUUAAACAUUCCGCCUUAGCCUACUCCCGCCUCGAGGACAUUCAGGGACAGCUCAACCAGCCAAUAAAGAGACUGCAGCAGGACGUACAGACGCGCUGGAACAGCACGCAUGGAGAAGACUGUUGCCAUCCUCGCCCCUUUUGAGGAAAAAACUAAAAAAGUGAGUAGCUAUGACGCACUAGCCUCUGAUGUCACCCCAGCUGUGACUGUGCUAGUGAGACUUCUAAACAGAGAAACAGACGAACAAAUUUAAAAUUAAAUUUUGUUUUGUUUUUUAUAAUUAUUUAUUCUGUAAUAUGUUGCAUACAACAUGCUUUUCAUUUUAAAUAAAUGUUCUUAAUUCCAAACUA